AUGCGCUUGAUACGACACCUGCUCUCCAGGCUUACCCGCUCGGCUCCCACCCGCCACUACGCGCACGUCCACGACAUCCAAAUCAAGUGGGACGGCAUAUCCAUCGGAAAUCACGGCAACCAGGAUCCUGCCACCAUGUCCUUGAACGUCUUCAAGCAGCCUCUGGCUCUCCACUCGACACAACCGCUCACGGGCUUCACCCGCACCGGCUACUGCGAGGUCCCGCCGUCCGAUGCAGGCAACCACGCCGUUGCCGCCAUCGUUUCCAACGACUUCCUCGACUUUUCAGCUGCCCGCGGCAACGACCUGCGCCAAGUGGGUCUGACGGAUGGCUGCAAGUGGUGUUUGUGCCUGAGUCGGUGGAAAGAGGCGUUUGACGCACGGACUGGGCCCCAUGACAAGAAAGUGCCCAAGGUGGUGCUCAAGGCCACAAACGAGAAAGCUCUAAGGGGCGUGAGUCUGAAUGACUUGAAGCAAUUCGCCGUCGACAAGGAGUAG